CAGCAUUAUGUCUGGUCGUUUCGUGCGUUCGUCCAAAUACCGCCACGUCUUCGGACGACCAACGCGAAAGGAACAAUGCUAUGAUAACCUCCGCAUCUCUCGAAAUGCUUGGGAUACGAAUCUCGUCAAGGUAAACCCUCGGUAUCUCUCGGUGAACUGGGAGGCUGGUGGUGGUGGAGCCUUUGCUGUGAUUCCCCUGGAAGAACGAGGCAAAUUGCCCGAGAGAAUUCCCCUGUUUCGAGGUCACACCGCGGUGGUAUUGGACACGGACUGGAAUCCUUUCAAUGACGAAUUGCUUGCUUCCGGUUCCGAUGAUGGCAAGGUCUGCCUUUGGCGAGUACCUGAAGGCUUCACGGUCACUCCUGACGUUCCUGCCGAUGACAUUCAAGACAUUGCGCCGGUUGGAAAGCUCAGCGGCCACCCAAAAAAGGUGGGGCACGUGCUCUUCAACCCAGCCGCAGAAAACAUCCUGGCAACGGCCUCCGGUGACUUUACAGUGAAGAUCUGGGAUAUUGAAGCUGGAGCAGCCAAGUUGACCUUGAAUCUGGGCGAUAUUGUGCAGUCGCAAUCCUGGAGCGCAAAUGGUUCGCUCCUCGUUACAACCUCUCGCGACAAGAAGCUGCGGAUAUGGGAUGUGCGUCAGGAGCGUCCUGCGCACGAAGGAGCAGGACAUUCAGGAGCCAAGAACAGUCGCUCUGUAUGGCUUGGAGAACAUGAUCGAAUUGCCACUACCGGUUUCUCCAAGAUGAGUGACCGACAACUGGCGCUCUGGGAUCUCCGUUCCCCUCAGCUGCCCAUCGACGGAUUCAAGACUUUGGAUUCUAUCUCUGGCGUGUGCAUGCCAUUCUGGGACGACGGUACUCAAUGUUUGUAUUUGGCUGGAAGAGGUGAUGGUAACAUCCGAUACUUUGAACUGGAGAACGACAAGUUCGAGUACCUUUCAGAGUACAAGUCCGCCGAUCCCCAACGUGGUAUCGCUUUCAUGCCCAAGCGCGGUGUGAACAUGCACGACAACGAAGUUACAUGUGCCUUCAAGACCGUCAACGACACCUAUAUCGAACCCAUCUCUUUCAUCGUUCCUCGCCGGUCCGAGACCUUCCAGGACGACAUCUACCCCCCCACAACCGGUCUUAAGCCCGCCAUGGGCCCUUCGGAAUGGCUUGCGGGUAAGGAAGCCAUCCCGCCCAAGAUCUCUAUGGGUAGUCUCUACGAAGGCGAGGGAUUGAAGGAAGUUACUGGUAUUGAAGCCAAACCCACUUCUAAUGUGUCCAGCGAGCCCGAGCCCAAGGCUGUUGAGCCAGUGAAAAAGGCAGCUGAACCCACUCCGGAGCCAACAUCAGUGGUGAAACCAGCUCCAUCCAUGAAAGAACAGGGUGCAUCCAUGGCUGCUAUGGUGUCCAAGUUCGCGGACGAGGAUGAAGCCGAGCCAGUUGAGGAGUCCAGCUUCGAUGAGGCCCCGAAACCAGUGGAGCGGGCUUCACGUUCCCCCGAGACUGUGUCCCCGUCCGUCAUGGCUAGCCCAUUCCUCCGAAAGGACGAACAGUUCAAGACACAGUCACCCGUGGCCUCCUCAAGCCCCAUCGCCAGCACACCAGGUGCUUCUACCCCCGCGCAAUCUACAGGCCCCACUGCUGCCGGAGUCUCUACCGAUGCUGUGUCCCGUGAGAUUGGCGCCAUUAAAGAGCUACUCGCUGAGCAGACCAAGACUAUUGCCUCGCAGGCGCAGCAGAUGCAGAAUCUGACUGCGGAGAUAGAAUCUCUCAAGGCUAAGCUGGGCUAGCCUCUGUUUUCUCCAUUCUCCUUUACAUCCUAUUUACCCACUUCUAUUCCUCCCCGGUCCUCUAUUUUUGUGUAUUUUACACCCUAUGCUUUUUUUUUUUUUCCCCUCUCUCUUUAUAUUACAAUAUUUUUGUGUUUUCCCUAGCAUAUUCAGCUGCCAAAAAGGAUGGUCUCUCUUUUUGUUGUUCAUAGCCCAUUAGUCAUUGUUGUGUGUGUUAUAACUAUCAGGUGCCUAGGUAUUAUUUUUGUCUAUGGCUUACAGCAUGAUUGCAAUGUGAAUUUGAAUACUCCUCCUGCAUUUAUUUUGUCUUUUUUUUUUUUCUUUUUUUUUUCUUUUUUCUUAAAGAUAUUUAUCUGUUUAUGUAAAUUCAUGGUUGAUGGAACCCAAAGAUCAAGAUCUAAGGGCUAGAAACUCUCUAAU